AACUCCCAAGUGAGUGAUUCCUGCAGCUCCUGCUCCUCUAGUGAGUCCAACUUAACUUAUAUUUGAAUUAUAUGUUUGGAAAUUGGAUUGGGCGUGUAUGCCAGUAACAGUAUGUCAUUGGCAGAGUUAGAGAGCUUAGCAUACAAACUCUGCAAUUUGAGCCAGCUCAGGCAGCUUCAUGCCCGCCUCCUCAUCAACCUUUCCCUCCACCGUCACACCCAGUGCCAGUGGGUCUCACUCCUCAUCUCCCAAUGCACGCGCCUCCGCGCCCCGCCCUCCUAUACCCGCCUCAUCUUCCACUCAACGCCUCGCCCCAACGUCCACGUCUUCACCUCCAUGUUCAAGUACUACUCCAAUUCCAAUUUCAACUUAGGAGGCGUUGAUCAAGUUGCUUCUCUCUAUCGACAAAUGCAGCAGCGCUCUGACUUAACCAUCGGCACCUUCGUCUACCCGGUUUUGAUCAAGUCAGCCGCCAGUGCCGGCAUUCAGUUCCAUGCCCAUGUUCUCAAGUUAGGUCUUGCUUCUGAUCACUACGUCCGCAAUGCCAUCAUGGCCUUCUAUGCUAAAUACGGCCCGGUUGAGCACGCCCGAUACCUGUUUGCUGAAAUGCAUGACUCAACUCUUGUGGACUGGAAUAAUAUGAUUUUUGGCUACUGGAAGUGGGGGAAUAAAGAUGAUGCCUGCAAACUCUUCGAUAUGAUGCCCGAAAGGAAUGUUGUUACUUGGACUUCCAUGGUUACUGGAUAUGCUAGGAUCAAGGAUUUGAAGAACGCAAGGAGGUAUUUUGAUCAAAUUCCGCAGAAAAAUGUUGUAUCCUGGAAUGCAAUGCUCUCGGCUUAUGCUCAGAAUGGAUGUCCUGAAGACGCUUUAAGAUUGUUUGAUGACAUGAUGAACUCCGGAGAUCAACCAAAUGAAACUACUUGGGCAAUUGUCAUUUCAUCAUGUUCGUCAUGCGGUGAUUGCUCCCUUGCUGAUUCGCUCGUUCAAAAGCUCAACCAAAAGCAGAUCCAUUUAAGCUAUUUUUCCAAGACAGCGUUGCUUGAUAUGUAUGCAAAGCGUGGGAGCCUCCAUACUGCUAGACAAAUUUUUGAUGAAUUGGGGGCGUAUAGGAACACCAUUACCUGGAAUGCCAUGAUAUCAGCAUAUACAAGGGUCGGGGAUUUGGCUUCUGCUAGAGAGCUGUUUGAUAGGAUGCCACAAAAGGAUGUUGUCUCGUGGAACUCAAUGGUUUCUGGUUAUGCUCAAAAUGGGCAGUCAGCUCUUGCACUUGAUCUCUUUAAAGAUAUGAUUAAUGCUGCUGAUGGUCUCAAACCAAAUGAGGUAACUAUGGUGAGUGUCAUCUCAGCAUGUGGACAUCUUGGGGCCUUAGACAUCGGUAAUUGGGUCAUCAGUAUUGUCAGGAAACACCAUAUCAGGCUAAGUGUAUCAGGAUAUAAUUCCUUGAUAUUCUUGUACUCUAAAUGUGGAAGCAUGGAAGAUGCCAAGAUGACAUUUCAAGAAAUGAAAACAAGAGACGUAGUUUCCUACAACACUUUGAUUGCAGGGUUUGCAGCUCAUGGUCAUGGGAUGGAAGCCGUCAAACUACUGUUGAAGAUGAAAGGAGAGUUUAUUGAACCGGACCGUGUAACAUAUAUUGGUAUUCUUUCAGCAUGUAGCCAUGCAGGGUUGUUAGAAGAAGGAUGGAAGGUUUUUGAGUCAAUCAAAGCACCUGAUGUAGAUCAUUAUGCAUGUGUGGUUGAUUUGUUAGGUCGAGCGGGUAAACUAGAUGAAGCAAAAGAAAUAAUUGAUAGCAUGCUGAAGGAACCACAUGCUGGAGUUUAUGGGUCUCUUUUAAAUGCUAGCCGAAUCCACAAAAGAAUUGAUCUUGGGGAGUUUGCUGCAAGCAAGCUGUUUGAGCUUGAACCACAUAAUUCAGGGAAUUACAUUUUACUUUCAAACAUAUACUCCUCAGCAGGCAGGUGGGAUGAUGUUGUGAGAGUUAGAGAAUCAAUGAGAAAAAUAGGCGUGAAGAAAGCAACGGGGUGGAGUUGGGUUGAAUACAAAGGCAAGAUGCACAAGUUCAUUGUGGGAGAUAGAUCACAUGAGCAGUCGGAAGACAUUUAUAGGCUAUUGGCAGAAUUAGGGAGGAAAAUGAGAAAUGCUGGGUACAUGGCUGAUAAGACCUGUGUGCUAAGAGAUGUUGAGGAGGAAGAGAAAGAAGAGAUGGUGGGUACCCAUAGUGAAAAAUUGGCAGUUUGUUUCGCUCUUCUUGUUACCGAUGCAGAGGCAGUGAUUAGGGUAGUGAAGAAUCUGAGGGUGUGCUGGGAUUGCCACACAGCUAUCAAGAUGAUAUCUAAGUUGGAAGGAAGGAAAAUUAUUUUGAGGGAUAAUAACAGGUUCCACUGUUUCAGUGAUGGGGUGUGUUCUUGCGGAGACUAUUGGUAAUGGGUUUCGAUAAAUUUGCCAUUUUCAUGCUAAUGAGGACAUACCAAAUGGCUAAUGCUCAAAGCAAAUGUGCCAACAUGGCAAAGCAAUAUCUUCGGCUUUUAGGCCAGCCUGUUGCAUUGUACAGGUAGAUUACUGCAUUCUCACUCUCAGCAAUGUAGCUUGAGAAUUUUUCUGAUUCAGGAGAGAACCUUUUAUACCCAGUAAGUUGUCCAACUAGUGGUGAACACCAUUGAUUCGAUUGCCUCUGCAAUCCCUAGGGAAUUGAGAUUGAUGGGUACUGUUUUAAAUGGAUGAAUGUUAAAACAAGAUUAUAAAGUGAAUGAGACUUUAUGCUUUAGACAUGUUUUGUUCUCUUGCCCUGCCCUGCCCUCCUUGUAAAUGCAUUGCCUCUUGGCUUGGACAAGGCUUGUAAGUCCUUGGCACUUGAAGAAUCAAAUCAAACACGUUCCGACUAUGAAUACCAAUGCUGGAGUCCCUGGAUGCCUUGGAAAACUGGCACUUGUAGUUAAGAUCAUCGCCUUGGAUGGAAUGCAGCUGAGGGGAAUGGCCGAAGAAACAGACGGCAUUUGGGUGCAUAUGCAAACAGGAGCACACUCUUUUAUUGUAUUUGUACGCACGCAACCAAGAAAGAAGGAUGGCUUCAAUACCAUAUACUAUAUAUCUCAUGAUCACCCAAAUUACGUUUCACCUUCCACCAAAUUUGCGUAAACUCUGGUUCGAAUGGAAUAAUAAUAAUAAUAGACAGAUUUCCAGGUAAUUUCCACGUUUUUUUCACAGCUACGUACAGACUAGAGCUUAAAGCUAGCUCAACUCCUUUGACUUUGAUGAUGUAGUUUGAAUUCAAAGUCUAACCAGGCAAGUGGCACGCAAGAAAGCAGCCCACCCACUUACUUACUUAUGCCCUUUCCCUUUCAUUAAAGAAAUGCAUAUCAAAGAGGAGAAAGAGAGAGAGGGACCAGCCAGAAAUCGGAAGAAGAAAAGGAAACAAAGAAAAGAAGAGAGAGAGAGAGAGAGAGAGAGAGAGAGAGAGAGAGAGAGAGAGAGAGAGAGAUCAUGUGCAAUCACAGGAAGCGAAUGGAGUGGUGGGGUACUAGUACCGGUUAUACUAGUAGUAGG